AUGGAUGACAGGGAGCUGAGGACCAAUGGACACUCACUGUUAAAGGCAGUGUGGCUAGGGAGGCUCAGGCUGACCUGGCUCCUCCUGGAAGGGGGGGCUUAUGUCAACGAGAGCAACGACAAAGGUGAGGCCCUCAUGGCAGUGUAUGUCACCAAACGUGCGGACCAGCAAAGCGCUGGCAAGUCCAAGAUGGAAGUACCCGCUGGACCACAGAACAAGUCUGGCAGGACUGCUCUCAUCCACGUGUGUGUUAGGAGACCUGGGGGCGAAGUGGUCUCCUUGCUGCCAGAGAACAGAGCAGACCCCAGCCUCGAGGACCGCACUGCCUCCGCUGUGGUUUCUGUGAUCUGUGCUGACGGCGAGGACGCGUCGAGACAUCUCACUGAUGCCUGCAAAGCCGAAGGGAAGGAGGUGAUUAUUGUAAGAUUGGACAAAUCGUUCUCAGGCACCAAAACCACCAAAUGGUAUCUUAACGCCCCUCCUUCACCCAUAGUGGAAGGCGGACAGUCACUCUCAGACACAAAACUGAUGUCUCCAGACCUGGGCUCCCUACCCUGCGGGAAGGAAGAUGACUACGCAGAGCAUCCAAGUGUUUAUGACACCUCCAAGGACCCCAGUGAGCCUGCAUCACCUGCCAGGAACAUCAGGAACCUGAAAAGGGCCCGCCUGCUCCAACUGAAGAGGCUGCAGUCUGAACCCUGGGGCCUGGUCGUGCCUUCAUGCAGGCAGAACAAAACAUGUGGUGCCAGCACAGACACCAAGGUCAGAGAGAGCAUUAGUGACUUGUCCUUCCCCAAGAGGUGGUCCCUUUCCAGAACCAGCAGUAUUGACAGCAAAGACCCCAUUCCCUUCCCCACAGGCACAGAGCAGGUUCGGAAGAUUCCAGCCUCUCUGGCACCGGAAUCAUGGAGGGCAGCCUACGAGAAAGGUCAGGCGUCCCACCUGUGUCUGGCCAGGAGAGGAACUCUCCCUGUUGACCAAGAGAAGAGCACUCUAGGUCCACUGGGAUCCUCUGCUCUCAAAGACGCAGUGUCCCUUAAACAGCUGAAAAGUGACCUCUGUGAUUUAGAUUUAUAGCCGGGGGCUGGCCUGCCCAAUGCCACUUCCCUGGAAUUAGGCAAAGAACUAGAUAGAAAGAAGCUCCACAGCUCCCACCAACUUCUCCUCCACGGCUCUCGGGAACCCCUGGGUGCCCUGGCCAGCACAUCCCCCAGGUCAGCCCGCCACAGGCCGCCACAUCUUCUAGAAUGAUGAGGUUCUAGAACUCUGCUUCUAGACCAAACUUCUCACGCCAGGCCUGGCUUCCUUCCUCCUCUAAAUGUAAACCUGAACCCACCUACCUUGGAUUUUAGAUCUAGCAGCAAACCGCCUUCUCCAUUUGCUGGUGGCUUCAAGUCCAUGGUUCCUGUUGCUCCAAGUUCACCGAAGAGAGUUGAUCUGAGAAGGAAAAAUCAACUCCUUGGGAGGCAUUCUGUGAGACUCAAGCAGAUGAAGCAGCUGUCUGACUUGGAAGAGGUCAUGACCUAG